UUAAUACAAACCGGCAAUGCGGUGUGAUUGUGAACUCGUUUGGCGGCAUUCUCAAGGACCAUUGUGUACCAGUCCUCCUUGAAAUGCAGCCAAAAGAUGCGAUGCGUAGUCGUUGUAUGUCACCUAUGUGUUAAGAACUUCUCCGAUAAACGUAAUAACGUAAGAUAAAUCGCGGUAAACAGAAGCGGCAAUAUUCAAGAUGGAAAUAUUAUACGUUAUAUCUGACGUCCUGAGUAUUAUAACCAUCACUUUGUGCCUUGUUUUGAAAAUACCACAAAUUUUAAAUUUGCUGAAAGUUAAGAGUGCUGUUGGCAUUAACCUGUAUGGAUUACUUUUGGAACUGACAAGCUAUACUAUUAUGGCAAGCUACAAUUUUUGUAACGAUUAUGCAUUGCUAUCGUACAUGGAAUAUCCAAUAAUUUUGGUGCAAGAAAUUAUUUUAAUUUAUUUGGUACUGAAGUAUAAGAAUAUGGUGAACACGCUGAGUUUCGCAAUAUUCGGGAUUUAUUUAGGAUUGACAUCGGCUUUUCUUACCGGCGUACUACCAAAGACGAUUUUGUCGAUUUUAGUCCCACUCUGUACUCCUGUCUCAGCCUCGAGUAAAGUUGUCCAACUACUGGAAAUUUUAAGAACUAAGAACGCAGCUUCCGUUAGCGUUUUGACCUGGUUUCUUUCCGCAUUUACUAAUCUCACACGUGUAUACACCAUCUUCCUAGAUUCGGCAGACAUUACACUUUUGUCGAAUUUUAUUAUAUCUGUGAUACUAAGCAGUUCUGUUAUGGUAGCUGCUAUUGUGUACAAGAAGCCAAAGACAUCUUAGACAGUAGUAAUUUUUCUAUGUAGUGUGCUGUUUUGAACAAUCUUAAUUCCUGCCAUAUGGAUUUGCUAUAAGCUUUUGUAGGUAAAUUAUCUAAGAAUCGGUUACCAACUCGGUGCUGACUGGACAUCACCAGAGUCAAAGCAAUUUGGCAAUAACACACUGCCUGACUGAUAGUAAUGAUGUAUAAUGCUUCCUUAGCAUUGCCAUUUUAGGAAGGACUCCACUUCCUGAGGAAGAAUGAGUUCCUUUCUCCUGUUUUUCUAGCUCUUGCUGUAUUAUGUAUGUAUGCUGUAACUUGAUACUUACUUCAUGAAGGAGGGGGCUGCUAGAAGUAGAUGUAAAUGAUCCCUGUCUCAUAGAUGGACUACUUUUCCUGUACAGGCAGCAUGUGAAACAAACAUGCGCCUCAAGUGUAAUUGCUACAGUUUACAAAGUACUUCCAUACACAGUGGCAGCUGGUGAUCAUGUGCUAAUGUGCUACAGCACACUAAACAUCACACUAAAAUUAUGCCUUUUCUCUUCAAAUGCUUGCCGGUCUGCUAAUGAAAUGGACAAAACCAUGUUUCGAGGCACACUCUCCAUGAUAACUGUAAACAGAAACCAGUGUCAAAAGUUGAAAUGAUGGUCAGUUGCACUACAAUAAACUCGGAGAAGGGGGAUACAGCUGUGUGUUUUUGACUGUGCAUUCUCUGAUGUGACAUCAUCCACUAAGGGUGUCUCAUUGCUCACAGCACCAGGUCAGUAUUUUUCUUUGAAAGUGCAUGUAAAAUCUUGUGCAAGAAACAUGGCAAAUUGUAUAGGUGAUCUGCUAAAAGAGGAAAUUUUUCUGUAGGUCUUUUGAGUAGAAAGUGAGAGAGAAUGAGUUAGGUAGGCCUACUCCAAAUUUAAAUCUAACAAGGGGAGGGCAUGGGAUGGAGGUCACUGAUUUGGCUCAAACUACAUGAAUAGAAGUCAGUAGAUGCCUCUUUAAAGUUCUAAACUAUUUCACCUGAAUGGGAUGUAGGAAAGGGUAAACAGUGUCUAAAGAUUGACAACUACAGUAUGAGGGAUUUCUGGGCAAUGGCUGUCAUAUCAGUGCCGUGGCGCAGUGGACAAGCACACUGACUGACAAUUUGUCAGCUCGGGUUUGAUUCCCACUGCUACCAUUUUUUUUGUUUUAUCACAUUCCUCGUAACAUUAAACUAUUAAUUAUAUAAUUUAAAUAUAUUUGUGCAGUUCAAUUUAUAUAAGUAAAAUUAAUGUAUUCAGUUCAGUUAUGAUUACCCUUGUAAGUCAAAAGGCUACAGGAGUUGUUAAAAACGAGAAUAUGUAGAAAUUUCAUAUGAAUUUGUAUGAAAAGAGUUGGAUCUUUGGGUGUGAUGUUCAUAAUGCACUCUUUUUGCUUUCCAUGGUUCUUAUUUGGGUACAGUGAUGGAUUGGGUGCAAGGGGAGUAAAAGGCAUAGGACGUACUAAUGCAUUAAUAAGAAAACAUAGCGGGAAUCAUUAAAUACUUAAUCUUAGAGCAUUAGGUACAGCUAAUGUCACAGCAAUAUCAAAUCACACCUAUCAUGACAACAUAGUGAAACACACUCUGUUUAUUUUUGUAAUAUUGUAUCAUAUUGGUAAAAUUUUUCCCGAGCUGCCACUGGGUUACCUGUGUAAGGUUAGCACUGAUCAGAAACUGUUAAGUAUUGGUGGACUUUAACUGGUUCCUCACCUCUGAGUAUACCUGUGAGAAGUGACAAGUUACAGUGUGCACAUAGUAAGUUAUUCUCAUUGGCAAUAUGUCAGUCAACUCGAAGCAGAAUUUGCAGUGUAAUAAAGCAGCAUCUGUUCACUCAAGAACUCCAUAAAAAGACAUUUGAUAGGCUGUGCUGUUUAGAUUUUACUGUAUGAUAUUUUUGUAUAAUCAGCCCAUUUGAUAAGGUGUUUUAUGAAUCUCCUUAUACGUUAACAUUGAUUUUAAGGCAUAUUGCAUCAUUAUGAUACUAGGGAAUCAUUCUAUUUUUCUUUACAAUUUCACAUUUAAGCUGAGGGGGCUAAUGGAUUAAUGAAGAAGUACGCACCAUAGCAUGCAAUCAAGUAGAUUCAUUUCUGUAUUUGGGAAUGACACCUCUCUCUCUCUCUCUCUCUCUCUCUCUCUCUCUCUCUGUGUGUGUGUGUGUGUGUGUGUGUGUGUGUGUGUGUGUGUGUGUGUGUGUAAGGUACCAAAAUGUUUCUGCCUGGAGCUAGAUUUAUACCCUGAUUCUCUUCAGAGAAUUGUGCAGUAUUUGAUAAAAGAUAAAAAGUUCAAAUAAUAUUCAAAUGACUUCAUUUCCCUAUGCAAACAGAAGAUUGGAAACUAGUUUGUAUAUUAAUGUGCUCUCAUUAACACUCCAUGCUCAUGCCACAUAGACAUGUAGGUCGUAGAUUACACUAACAUUGUGCUCGUCUUGUUAUUUUCACCUAAUACAGACUAACAGCACUUGGACAAUACCAAAGAGUACACCACACAAGAUUCUGAUAUGCAGUUUCCUUUUUAGAAAGUAGUUUGUUGACCAUGAGGUUCAUGUUUUCAUGUUGUCAGGUAGCUAUUAUAAUGAUCACUCCAGGGGAUAUUAUGGCUGUGACAGGCUGUACUGCUUUAUAAACAGUAUUUUCUUCAAAUGGUGGUGUGUUUCUUAACUCUUUGGCUCCAUAGUAAUCAAUGGCAAGAAACAGACGUUGUGCGGUUAAAAUCUUUUCUUCAGUUAUCAGUCUUUGCUGUAACAGUAUAAUGUAGUAGUAGCCGUAGGUGGAAAAUUUAUUUCUUUUUCUUUCAUUAAUCUGUGCUUAUGUUGUCAAUGUAUUAGGCAAUUUUAUUUUGUUUAUUACAUGAAAUACUGAAGCAUUCAUUACCACUGUUAAUUUUACCUCCAGAGUGUGCUUGAUAUGAUGCAAAAGAUUAGCCCAUUUUAUUUUAUUGCUGCACUGCAUGGAGAAGGUGGACCUUACUCCUGUCAGAACAUCCCUGGACUCCCCUAUGACAGUGUUUAUGGAAGAAUGAGUUUAUUUCCUCUAAUCCCCCCACUUCUCCCACGAGGAGUCAAGAAAACGUGCACACAUCAUCUUCUAUUUGCACAUUUCAACUUUAUUAGUAUAGUCAACAAUUAGUCAUGCUCUCUUCGAAAUGUUGCUUGUCGAAUGGUCCUUAUUUUAAGAAUUUACUUCAGCUGCAAACCUAUGUUUGCAAAAAUUUGUUUUAUUUUAGACUUUAAGUUGAAAAUUAUUAGCUUCAGCUGUCUCUAAUGACCUGAUUGUCACUGGGACAUUAGUGUUUAAUGUUCCGUCUUGUUUUUCUGAUUUUGUGUGUCUUUGCAUUGUAAUGCUUCGGUAUUGUUCAUUUUAUUUCAUUUAAUUUUUGCUACAUUAUAUAUUAAAAAUGUGAUCAUUUGUAUGAUGUAAUGGUCAGUGGAAUUUUUGUUGGGUCACAUAUUCAGUAGCUGAACAAGAAAUUGUACGAGACAAUUUGUUGGCAAAAUGGGUGAUUUUAUUCUGUCCUAUAUUUCAUAGGGUACUUUCAAACAGUAGAAAGUUUAGAAUGGAAUAACAGUAUGGAAAGGAUAGUCAAUACUUCCCAUAUUGUUGUCAUAGAUUACUUUGUUUUAUUUAAACUUACGUUACCUCAGCUGAAAAUGGUGUAUAAAUAAUCUCCUGUGCCAUUAUUGAAGAACUUAGAGAAUUGUUUUAGAACUUUGCAUUUGUACAUAAUGAAAGAAAAAUAUCUUUAUUUUUGUCAUCAUUUAUUUGUUUUCACAUACCUCAUUAUUUAACAUAAGAACAAGAGCAUUAAGGCUUUAAGAUUAUGUUCACUGAAAAUAAAUAAUUUUCAAAGUCUUAAUUAUCAUAUUGUAAAAUUUAUAGCAUGUUCACAACAAAAAAAUGUUUUAACGAAAGUUUCAUAGCAUUACCACUAAAUGCCAAAUUUUUAAUGUCUGUCAAUUUUUUGAACUGUUUCUGAAAUGUUGAACAGUAACUGAUUCCAUGAUAAUUAUUGUAAUUUUAAAUUUAUGUAUGUUUCAAGUUUUAAUGAUCAUGAACUUUGAUUUCAAUCAGAUAUAUUGAUAGGCUAAACCUAUCACUGUACCUGCCUUUUUAUAACAAGUUCCAUAAGAAUUUGUUUUUGUGAAGACAAUAUGUACCUGUUAUACAAUAAUAAAAAAAUGCUCUUUUACGCCAAAUAACCCUCACUGUGUUGUUUAUAGACUAUGAAAGGUGCUUUCUGUACUCUGAUUUUAACUGGGCAUUGGGAAUAAUAUACUGACUAGAUUAAAGGAAGAAUUGAGAUGUAUGACAAAAGAAAUCAUUAAAAAGAUCAUAUAAUUUCCUGAUUUUAAGGCAAAUAAUAAAGAGGAAAUGCAAAAAAAUGU